GGCGGACGAGGAUGUCGGGGACCAGAGCCUCCAACGACCGGCCCCCCGGCGCGGGCGGCGUCAAGCGGGGGCGGCUGCAGCAGGAGGCGGCGGCGACCGGCUCCCGCGUGACCGUGGUGCUGGGCGCGCAGUGGGGGGACGAGGGCAAAGGCAAGGUGGUGGACCUGCUGGCCACGGACGCCGACAUCGUCAGUCGUUGCCAGGGAGGCAACAAUGCUGGCCACACUGUGGUGGUGGAUGGCAAGGAGUAUGACUUCCACCUGCUCCCCAGCGGCAUCAUCAACACCAAGGCGGUGUCUUUCAUUGGCAAUGGCGUGGUCAUCCACCUGCCGGGCUUGUUUGAAGAAGCAGAGAAAAAUGAGAAGAAAGGCCUGAAGGACUGGGAGAAGCGGCUCAUCAUCUCCGACCGGGCCCACCUUGUGUUCGACUUCCACCAGGCGGUGGACGGACUGCAGGAAGUCCAGCGCCAAGUGCAGGAGGGGAAGAACAUCGGCACCACCAAGAAGGGAAUCGGACCGACCUACUCCUCCAAGGCCGCCCGGACGGGCCUCCGCAUCUGUGACCUGCUGUCAGACUUCGACGAGUUUUCCACCAGAUUCAAGAACCUGGCCCACCAGCACCAGUCCAUGUUCCCCAGCCUAGAGAUAGACGUAGAAGGCCAACUCAAGAGACUUAAGGGCUUUGCUGAGCGGAUCAGACCCAUGGUCCGAGACGGGGUUUACUUCAUGUAUGAGGCACUCCAUGGCCCCCCCAAGAAGAUCCUAGUAGAAGGUGCCAACGCCGCCCUCCUUGACAUUGACUUCGGGACCUACCCCUUUGUAACGUCGUCCAACUGCACAGUGGGUGGCGUGUGCACCGGCCUGGGCAUCCCGCCCCACAACAUAGGAGAUGUGUAUGGCGUGGUGAAGGCCUACACCACCCGCGUGGGCAUCGGGGCCUUCCCCACAGAGCAGAUCAAUGAAAUUGGAGACCUGCUGCAGAGCCGUGGCCACGAGUGGGGGGUGACCACGGGCAGGAAGAGGCGCUGCGGCUGGCUGGACCUGAUGAUCCUGAGAUAUGCACACAUGGUCAAUGGCUUCACUGCGCUAGCCUUGACCAAGCUGGACAUCCUGGACGUCCUGAAUGAGAUUAAAGUUGGCAUCUCAUACAAGCUCAACGGGAAGAGGAUUCCCUACUUCCCAGAAAAGCAUACCAAUGGUCUUUUCCUGGACACCGUCUUGUGCAUGUGGAAUAUGCCUUUUGGUGUCGCGCCAUGGUUUUGUCUGACCUGCUCCUCCGACAGCCUCCUCUGCCACAGCUAUGGACAUCCCUUGCUUUCCACCUGCACACAGGCCUGGGUAGACCCAGAGGUGGCCUUGGGUGUGGGAGUCAUGCACACCCUCGAGGGCCCUACUGACCCUGGCCUUGGGAGGGUGCUCCAUGGAGGCCCAUUCUCCUCCUGGUGGUCGCUGUGGCUCUGCACAUGGGGUACACCUUAUGUGGGCAGACCCUUUGGGGGGCUACUUGUUCCAGGGCCUCCCACUGGCAGGGGUGGUUGGCACAGCCCAGGGGUCCCUGCCGGGGAGGUGUUAACAUCCCCAGGGGUGGGACAUAUGUCCUCAAGGGUACCUUAGUGCUGUAGGACACCAGAGUCCGCUGGGGUUGGCUCCCAGGCAGAGCCUGACACCCUCAAGAACACUUGGUGACCGUGUGGGGUGGCCUGAGCCCGGGUCUGGAAGGAGCUUAGACCCCGGCCACUCCUGACUCACUGCCGAACACCAAGCAAACCCCGAAGGCCCCCACCCGUGCCAGCUCCCUACCUGCCGAGUGUCACCUCAGCACCACACCCUUGCGGCAGACACAGUCUGUGGGACUCCCUCACCCCUCUGUGUC